AUGGAAAAUGUUUUGGGUGUUUGUGGCAUGUCUCAAAAAAAAAAAAGGUCGAUCUUCGGAGUUGAAUUCAAUGAUUUAAUACUCUUCCAACAGCUGAAUUCGCAGAAGGGUAAAAAAAAACAAGGAGAGAAAAAUCAAAAAGCCCUUUUGGUGAUACUGUCAGUCGGUGAGUCGUCGAUCGACAACAUCAUCAUCAUGACUCUUGUUGAGAAUGUUGCGUCGAACAAUCGGGUCGAAUCAGGCGAUGUUGAUCAGUCGAAAUCAUCGAUUUCGAUUUCCAGUUUUCAUCAGCAGAAGAAGAUGAUACCUAAUGGAAAUGGCAACGGAAACGGAAACGGAAACACCGUUCUAAAUCAUCAUCAUCAUCACCAUCAUCAGAUGAAGGUAAACGGUGUCGAUCAUCAUGAUCAUGAGGAAGAGGGUUUUAAGAAAGAAAUGAGGGAUUUGGCUGAAAUGUUGUCGAAAUUGAAUCCCAUGGCUGAAGAAUUCGUUCCCCCUUCACUCACCAACAACAAUUACACCGGAGCUCUAAUUCUUCCCCCAUCUGGUGCUGCUGCUGCUCACUUCGGUUAUUCUGUCGUCAACGAUUUCCUCCUUCAAACUAACCAAACCCCUUUUCCCAACAUCAAUGGCGUUUCCACCAGAAGGAAGGGUAACUUUACUCAUGGGAAACGAAGGAUGAAUAACAGAACCACCAUGGCACAACGAGAAGAUGUGAUUAGGAGAACUGUUCAUGUCUCUGACAUCGAUCAACAGGUAACUGAAGAACAACUUGCUGCUCUCUUUAUCACUUGUGGACAGGUUGUGGAUUGUCGUAUAUGUGGAGACCCUAAUUCUGUUCUUCGUUUCGCCUUUAUUGAGUUUACUAAUGAAGAAGGAGCAAGAAAUGCAUUGAAUCUUGCUGGAACUAUGCUUGGGUAUUACCCAGUUAGGGUUCUUCCUUCAAAAACUGCAAUUGCACCAGUGAAUCCCACUUUUUUACCUCGAUCUGAAGAUGAAAGGGAAAUGUGUGCAAGAACUAUCUAUUGUACUAACAUUGAUAAGAAGGUUACUCAGGCAGAUGUUAAGCUCUUUUUUGAGUCAUUUUGUGGAGAGGUUUAUCGUUUGAGGUUGCUAGGAGACUAUCAUCAUUCAACUCGUAUCGCAUUUGUGGAGUUUGUGAUGGCAGAAAGUGCAAUUACAGCGCUCAACUGUAGUGGUGCAGUAUUGGGAUCACUUCCCAUAAGGGUGAGCCCUUCAAAGACUCCAGUUCGCCCACGUGCACCUCGCCCUACCAUGCACUAAAUAGUAAUUUCACAAAAUAUCUAAAAAUAUACGCGACAAGUGAGAACUUGGAGAUGAAAGUGUUAUAUGUUUCUUCUUUUUCUUAUGGUGUUUGUUUUAAUGCAUUCGAGGUUCAAGUUACCUAUUUGAAAUGUAGAUUUAGAAUAUGGAAGUUUGAGACUAUUUUAUUUUCAGAUGUUUUUGGUAUGAAAAAUUGUUGUUUUUAAC